AUGGACGGGACACCGCUCGUGCUCGACAAUGGCUCUGGCUCGGUCAAGGUUGGCUACGCAGGGGAAGUUGAACCCAAGGUGGUCUACAGCAACAUGUACACAGCCGUAAGGGCGUCUCGCCACGCGCCAUCGAAGGCCGCAACAGAGGCACUCGAGAAGAGCAAUGCAAGGUUGCAUGUGAUGGACCAUGGUGUCGUGACCCAGUGGGAGGGCCUUGUGGAAGUGUUCGAGGCAGCCUUUGACGAGAUGAAGGUUCACGACCCAUCUCAGCACCCUUGCCUGGUCACAGAGGCUCCCUUCAAUCCAACUGUGCAUCGGGAGGUUCUAGUGGAGAAACUGUUUGAAGAGCUUCGAGUGCCAGCAGUGCAGGUGGUGCACUCAGGGGCGCUUGCGCUCUAUGCGACAAACAGGCGAACUGGCCUAGUGAUUGAGGUCGGCGAUGGUGUGGCUCAGACAGUUCCACUUUUCGACAGCUAUGUCGUCGCCAAUGCGGUGCAGCGACGAGACUUCGGGGGACGAGACUUAACUGCAUACCUGGGGGAGCUCCUUCAAAGAGAGCUUGGAUACAAGGAGGCGCUUGCUGAUGAGGUAUGGUGGACGCAGCUGCAGACCGUGAAGGAGCGGAUGUGCCGAGUCGCGACGCAGCACGCGCCGUCCUCCCGGCAGGAUCCCGUGCAGCAAGAGUACAAGCUGCCCGAUGGCAAGGUUCUGGAUUGGGAGCAAGGCCUUCUAUCACAAUGUGCUGAGGCACUUUUCCAACCUGGUCAGCACUUAAAGGUGGACGAGGAGGCUGUGGGCAUCCACAAAAUGGCGGCCAGCAGCGUGCUUGGCUGUGGUCUUGACAUCCAGAAAAGCUUGGCAAACAGUGUUGUUCUCUCUGGAGGUUCGACGCUGUUCCCAGGGAUGUGUCAGCGUGUUCAGGAGGAGCUGCAGCGCCUGCUCCCGUCAGCCGUGAAAGCCAAAGUCACCCGUGUGGCCCAGCCCAUGUACGCAGCUUUCAUGGGAGGGUCUAUCUUGGCGUCAAUGCCAGACCUGCGGAAAACUUUUAUGACCAGGAGUGAGUACCUGGAGUACGGUGCUUCUUUCAUCCAGAGCAAGAGUGUUAGCCUGACGAAGCCACACCCCAUGCCUUAG